AUGGUCGGAAGGCGCUCGGGGGGCGUCUGUAGGGGCGAGAGAAGGGAAGAGGACGCAGUUGCAGCAAUGCUCUCAGCAUCGGCUCGUUCCAAGGCCAUGGAAGACAUCUCCAUGCAGCAUAUCAACAAGAUCGUCUGCAUGUCCGAGCCGCCCGAGGAGCAAGGGAUCGGACGGGUCCUUCACAAGGCGGCGCCCUCGCUGGCGUCCUCGCUGGUGAAGAGCAAGAGGAUGAAGAAGGAGGAGGGGUAUCGGCUGAAGGAUGAUGCCUUCUUCAUGCGGAUCCAGACAGACAGCGAGCUCAGCGACAGUCUCCACCUCAUGAGCACGAUUAAGAAGCAAAGGAUGGAGAUCGGGAAGCUGCGGAACCGGCUGGCCUUCUUGCGGUCUGAAGAAGAGGAGAUGAUGGACGACUCCUUGCAGAUGGUGUCCGAUCCUCAUCAGGACGAGCAGAACUUGUACAACCUGGAGCAGAGGCUGAGACAAGAGCAGGAGAGGCUGCAGGAGGGGCUGCAAGAAAAGUUGAUAACUCCAUUUCCUGGCACUGCAUCGCAUGUGGGAGCUGAAGGGAGAGAACAGAAUCUUGAUCUCCGACCAAACUUGGAAGUUAUGAGGACAGCAUCGGUGAUUCAUCCAUCUUCGCUCCAAGGGAACGGCUUUGACUUGACCCCGCCGUCCAACAUCGCCGACAAUCGUCUCUCGCACGACAAGACGGCUAGCACGUUCAGCCAGGACGUGAAGAUGAACAUGUCUUUGCAGUAUGCGGCACAAACCGCAACUAGUCAGGAGAGUUUGAAGAACGUGGCCCAGGAGAAGAUGAUAGAGAUGCAGCAUUGGAGGGCCCAGCAGGGCAGCCAGCUGAGCAACCAUCACGACAUGUCGAGAUUGAACUCCAUCACAUCUGCCAGCCCCCUGCUCUCGAAGCUGGUCCAGGAUGCCGAGCGCAACAUGUUCCAUCUUACUCACGAGCGGCUCAAUGCCAUCAGGCGGGAGGUGGACGCCAUGGAGCAGGACAGUGCGCUGCUGUCAGGAGGGAGACGACUGGCUGAGGAGGAGGAGGAGCUGGAGAGGAGGAUAGCGAUCCGAGGUAUCGUCAAGGAAGCUACGGAGCAGUCGAGACCGAGCGGGAACGUGAUGCUAGCAGAUAUCUUCAGAGCUGGUGGACCGAGGCUGAGCGAUAGCGACGAGGAGGAGGUUCUAAAGGAGGAGGUUCUAAAGGAGGAGGAGGAGGCUCUGUGGGAGGAGGAGGAGGAGGGGAGAGGGGAGGAGAGGGACAGGGUAGAUGAAGACACGAGAAGCUUCCUAUGGAGCUCAGGAGUGCGCGAGGAAGACCCCAUGGAGUUUCUGCGGGACGGAAAGCUCUCAGCCACGAGCUCGCUCUUCUCCUCUCCUCUCGCAUCCUCCAGGCUCGAGGAAGCGACCACUAGCGCCUUCAUGGAGUCUGGACCGAGCAAGUACAGCUUUGAAAAGGACGAAGCGUUAGUCAGGUCGCAGCCCUUCACAGGCAUCUCGUUCCUUGUAACACUCCGAACGCGCACAAACAAUUCGAGAGAUUAG